UAAAAUCAAAGAUGGUGGACGAGGCGUGGCAAAAUCAAGACGACUGAUCAGCUGAUUGUUGAUUAAUAUUUGUAAUGAAAGAUAUGGUUUUAAACUCAGAUGAAAACAUGGUUGUAAACGCUGUUGAACCUUGUAAUAAUGUCAACGAGGACGAUGACAACAGUCUUGAAUCUGAAGAUGAUAAUUACGAUGAUGCUGAAUUUCAAUCCUUGAAUGCUCAGCUGGAUCAACUUAAUUCAGUAUUGGAUAACCUUGAAACAAAAAAUGACGUUAUACGUGCUGAAUUAGUUGAAUUACUUAAAACAAAUAAGGAAACAAGAAAACAAAUUCAGGAUUCUCAAUUAACAUCAACACCAAGUAACGAUGAUAAUAAAAAUUAAUUAAUUAAAUUACGUUUAUAAUUAUUUAUUCAAAGUUGUUAAAAACAAAUUAUGUUAAAAAAUUAAUCAUUUAUUUUUAAUAGAUAAUAAUAAUUUUUUUCUUUUUUUUUGUCUCAAUUAUAAUAGUUGGAAAAUUAUGUUGAUCAUGUACAGAGUAGAUUUAUUAUUAUUGAAAAUUUUAAAGCAAUAAAAAAGAACAGUGUCAACAUAUUUAAUCAAGUUAUAAAAAUUCUGAAAUAAAUCAAAUGUAAAAAAAAAAAAAAUAUAGAACUCUGUUAAUCAUAUAAAAAUUAAUUAUAGAGUCUUGAGAAUAUUUGGCUCGUAGGUUUCAUCAAAUGCAGAUAAUAAUAAUUCUUUAAAUCUAUCAAAAUUAAUAUUUUCAAUAAGCCAAAUAUUUGAUUUAUUUGUUUGAAGA